AAUAUCAUUUAAUGGUGACAUUUUUUAGCAACUUUUCUUAACCACACUUUUUCAUUAAGUUUACUCUUGUUUAAUUGACAGAUUCUUCGAGUAAUGCUAGAUAUUGGUUCUAACAACGAGAAGUUACUUAAUGAUCCUCUUUGAUUUAUUGGAGUUGAGGAGUCCCACAAUCUUUAUGUUCUGUUUGUUUCUCCAUCACUUUUUCAAGGCUGUUCAAUUGGAGUUCCAUCUUCAGGUUGACAUGAUUGUCUUGACAGAUGGAAGUCGUAUUCUUGGCCUCGGUGACCUUGGAGUUCAGGGAAUAGGAAUACCUAGAUUGGAGGGAGAAGAGUAUCUAUCAAUUGUUGAUGAUUUUAUGGAAGCCGUGCAUACAUGUUGGCCUAAAGCUAUUGUUCAGUUUGAGGAUUUUCAAAUGAAAUGGCCUUUUGAAACAUUACAACGUUAUCGUAAGAGGUUCUGCAUGUUCAACGAUGACAUACAAGGAACUGCUGGUGUUGCUCUCGUUGGACUAUUGGGAACUGUGAGAGCUCAAGGGCGGCCAUUGAGUGAUUUUGUUAACCAAAAGAUAGUAGUGGUAGGGGCUGGAAGUGCAGGGCUCGGUGUUCUUAACAUGACUAUUCAGGCUGUUUCGAGAAUGGCAGGGAACAACGAUUCUAGUUUACUUUAUCAAAAACAAAGAAGAAAAGGAAGGGACCACAAGAAAUCAAUGGUGGAAUCGAUCAGGCAGGGUGUGGAAAAUUACAACUCAGUUUUUGUUUUCACUGUUGAGAACAUGAGAAACCUCAAGUUCAAGGAACUCAGGGAGCAGCUGAAGUCACUAGCAGUCUAUGAUCGACGACAACCUUCUUCAAUUCCAUGCCCUACCCCUAAGGUUUCUUCGUCAUUGGAUCCAGAAAUGAGUGAUGAUCUUCCUAUUGCUCUUCGUAAAGGUAAACUUAAGUGUGCUCAUCUUAUUUCCUCUUCUGUUUCAUAUAACCAUUAG